ACAGUGUCUCUGCUGUGACUGUGUAUCACUUCAGAUGCUCAGACAGAAUUAAAAAUGCGCUCCUCCGCCUUGUCACCAGUGUUGUGCGCAUUUUCUUGACAAGCCCGUGUUCCCACAGCAUGGUGCUCGGACUCCGAGGCUCAGCACUGUCUUCAUACAUAACCAUUAAAACUCUCUCGGACGCCUAAUUAGGCAGCAGACCACACACAGCGCCGCGCAGCACCUGUUCCCACCUUCACAGAGAAGAUGCAGGAGGUGGGCAGUUCCCAUCGAGGCUCUCAGAGGGUCUUCAGCGUCCUGGAUCGUCUGCUGCUCACACACCCUGUGUGGCUGCAGCUGUCACUCAACCAGGACUCGGCCCUCUACAUCCUGCUCAGAGAGCCUGUCGGGACCUUUUUGGUGCGUAAAUGCAGCUCCAGCCAGAGGAAGGUGCUGUGUUUGAGAGUGACGGCGGACAAAAGUGCCUCCUCUGUUAAGGAGUGCUUCAUCUGUGAGGAGGACUCCACAUUUGCCUUGGAGAGCUCAGCGCUCACCUUCCCCGACCUGUGUCGACUGGUGGCCUUCUACUGUAUCAGCAGAGAUGUGUUGCCCUUCCCGCUGCAGCUACCAGAGGCCAUCGCUCAGGCCUCGACACACAGGCAGCUGGAGGCCAUCUCACACAUGGGACAAGAAUUCUGGAGCGCACCGACUGCUUCGGAGAUCCAGAACGGCCCGGUGGACCCGGUCCCAUCAACCAGCAGCAGCCAGGCUCAGACGUCUGCGGCCCAGGACCGCUACACCCUCCUGACCCGGAGCAGACCAGGAAAACUCUGCUUCAUCAACCCGCUUUUCCUACAGCUGGAGGUCAGCAAGCAGCCACAACUCAUUAACCACAGUGCCUCCAAUAAACGGCACCGAUUCAAGCGCAGCAUGCGGCUCCGGCUCUCCGAGUCCUCCAUGAAUCUGUCCCUGGAGGGGAUCGGCUCCUACUCGCCCCCCUCGUCACUGGAGCUUCCCGGCGGGGCGGAGAGGCUGCAGAAGGCUAACCCUCAGAGGAGAGUUCACGCCGGGGCAGGGGUCCUGAGGAGGACCCCCGCUGUGUCACCUGGGUCUGCAGAGGAAGAGGACAUGAUGACCGUCUAUGUGCCACAAACAUCUGCAAAGGCGGAGGAGCCUCCACAGCCCCAACAGGCCGCCAAAUCCGAGGGCAUCGAGGUGGCGGUCCUGGCCCUGGAGCGCCGCCCGGCUCCGUGCCUGGCGGAGCUGGACAGCAGCAGCUCCUUCAGCAGCAUGGACGAAGACAACGACUCGGAUUCGGAUCCUGAGAGCAUGACUCGAGCCCGAGGCGACAUCUACCAGCGCCCGCCGCUAGUGCGCUCUCGCGGGCGCGGCGGGCUGCACCGCAUGAGCGAGGCGUUCGUGUGUUUCUUCGCUCCCGACAAGCGGCUGACGCGGCUGGUGGAGGAGCUGUCCAGAGACAGGCGCUCCAUCUUCGGGGGCAUGGUUCAGGAUUUCGUCCUGGCACAGAGAGAGGUCCUCAAAUCCCUUUCUUCCUCUUCCUCGUCUUCGUCCUCGUCGCGCGUCACCUCCGUGCAGCUCCUGCAGGGUCUGCGUCUCUUUCUGUCCCAGGCCAAGUGCUGCCUGCUGGACAGCGGGGAGCUGGAGCCUCCCAUCGAAACCCUGGUGCCGGAGAACGAGAAAGACCUGGCGCUGGAGCGGGCCAUGUUCUCCUGCGUGCUCAGGCCUCUGAGGUCCCACCUGGACAAAGCUCUGGUGGCGUCGCACAAUCAGGACGGCACCACCCAGCGCCUCACCCAGAACAUGAUCCGCCUGAAGGGGGACGCCGCCAUGGAGCGGCUCGGCGUGCGGACGGGCGUUCCCGACAGCCGCGAGGUGGAGCGGGUGAGGCAGAAGCUGAUCCUGAUGCAGCGGACGCACUCGCCCAUCGACAAGGUGCUGCUGCUGCUGCAGGUGUGCAAGUGUGUCCACAAGGCCAUGGGGUCCCUACAUGGACAGGACGUGAGCUGGGACGACUUCCUGCCGUCUUUGUCCUACGUGAUCGUGGAGUGUAACAGGCCUCACAUCCUGAUCGAGGUGGAGUACAUGAUGGAGCUGCUGGAGCCGUCCUGGCUCGGAGGAGAGGGUGGCUACUACCUGACCAGCGUGUACGCCAGCCUGUGUCUGAUCCAGAGUCUGGACCGGGAGCAGCCGCUGGCAGGCUGCCUGACGCCGGAGGCCCAGGAGGCGCUGAAGGAGUGGAGCUGCAGGCGGAGCCGAGAGGCCCAGAGACAGAAGGAGAACCAGCAGAGUCAGAGGUGCGUUCGGAUACUGUUCCAGGACGGGGAGCGGAGCGCCGUGCGGACGUUGCAGUGGAGAGCCGGCGAGACGAGCCAGGCCCUGGCGCAGCUGUGCGCCGCCACUUUCGAAGUGUCCGACCCGCAGCAAUACACCCUGUACUGGCGCAGCGGCGGCGAGAUGCGGGCCCUGCCGCCUCAGGCCCAGCCCCAGGACCUGGCCAGCCACAGCGAGGGGGGGCCCUCGCUCUCCUACCUGAGGACCGACCACGACUUCAGCAAGAUGCGGCGGCUCACCAGAGGUGGCGCCGUGGACCUGAGCGAGUCGGUGUGUGAGGAGUGAGUGGGAGGAGUGGAGGAAGGAGGGAGGAGGGGGAGGAGAUGGAUGGUUGCUCGGGCUUUCUCUCUCUUUCUCUCUCUUGUUCUGUCUCUUUCUCUCUCCGGCGGUGUGUUGUGUCUCGUCGCGGGUCAGGACCCGUUGUGAAAAAAGCCCUUCUCCAGACUCGGAGCAGACCUUUUAAAGCGGUAAACUCUUUUCCUAAAUGGACCAACAUGCAGAGCAAAGCAGGACCAACAUAAGGGACUGUUGCCAAAAGUUGUCCCACUCAGUGUGGCUACUGGUGUAAAGGAGUGUUCUUCUAUUUGUGACAUGGAAAAUGUGUAAUAAAUGGAUUUUGGUUGUUAUUUUGAAACAUGAAACCCAGAGUUAUACCAUGAAGGGAUUGCAUCAUUAAAACGUGAAGAGGCUCAAAUCCAAAGACAAAUUCUGUGAGACUACUGUUGCCUGGAAACAAAAUCACUUCCCGUAUACACACACACACAUACACACAUACACACACACACACACACACACUUACACACACGUGAAGGCAAAUUGUCCACCGUGGCUGUAUGUGAUGUAACCCUUUCACUGUAUAGUUCUGGGCUCAAUCUAAAAAGACUUGGAUGUUUUUAUUACUUCACUCUUAUGUGUAAAAGUCUGCGGAUUGGUUUCUGGAAUACAGUUUGAUUUGAUGAUGUGUUAUAAUAUAAUAGCCAAGACCAAACCUCAAUACCAAAGUGAUAAAGAUAAAUAAAGACAGGCCACUUUGUGAUGUUUAUUUUGAGAGAAAUCAGGUUUAGAAGCUAGAGGGAGAAGCUUUAAAAUCAGCUGUUUAUUUUUAGAAUCACCCACAGAGACGAUUUUAUUUUUUGCUUUUUAGGAAAAGCGCAGACUCUCCUUGUUGCUAUUCUAUUUAGUGUUUUUGGCAGGUGGAGUAAUGAUCGAGUAGGAGGGAAGUGAUAGAAAAGCAUCAAACCAUGUGAAGGAAGGGAAGAAAAAAAAAAGCAACAGAUUCAUUGAAUGACUUGCGAAUGUAUUCAAAAUCUUUUUUUCUCUCUCUCUCUCUCUCCAUGUCAGACUUUAAUCCUUUCACAAUUCAUUUGCUUUUUGAGUUUUACUGUAAAAUAACAGUGCUGAGCGGACAGUCUGACCAAUAAACCGGCUCCUCUCGGCCGCUGGGCUGGUUGAAUGUAAAUGUAAACGUCACCAGCUGCUGGUGGCUCCUGCUGCAAGUCAUCACUAUCAACGGACUGUUCAACCCAGUGUCACUACCGAUUAUCAUGUUGUGUAUCUUAAAACUAACUUUUAAUUGUUCAAUUUGUUGGGUUAGAUAUCAAAAAGUAUGGAUUCUGAUCAGCUGCAGAGGUUCACUUUGACGUGUUUUUUGAACAUUAUUCUUGCAUGCUUUUAUUUUUCAUUUAACGUGAAGGUUCCUGCGAAUGUGGCGUGUGUGCGCGUGAAGCAUGUGUUCAUUGUGAGAGCUCACUAUUUCUUUUCUUGUUUUCAAUGUGGAAAAAAACACAUUACUGUAUUUUGUCAGGUAACUCAGUAUCGCAAUAAAAAUUGCAAUAUCUGUU